AUGGCGGCGACGUGGCGCAAGGUGCUGCGGCAGACGUCGGUGCUCUUGUCGCCAUCCGCGACGCGGCCAUCGCUGCGGAAGAUCCACGAGCCCUUGCCCAAGAUCCCAGACCGUGUUAGCUGGCUGCUCAUCGAGCUCAUCACGUACGUCGACACGCAUUGCAGCAUCAGCGAGACAUUGUACCGCGACCAAGGCCGCGACGCCGAUGUCUCGGAGCUCUUCAAGCUCUUCCAGCACCACGCGUCGACGACGAGCGCGCCCAUCUCGGAGCGCCUGCCCGCCUUCUCAUCUGCCGUGCUCACGACCGUGAUCGUCCAGAUUCUGCACACAUACGAGCCACUGCUAUCGUACACCGUCUCCCAAGAGCUCUUGGAGCGAGGCAGUACGGUCGAAGCCAUUGCCACGGCCAAAGGUCCGUUCCACAAGCCGCCAAGUGCUCCGCGUCCUGCUCAGUCACCUCGCACGCCGUCCCGUCUCGAUGUGCGCAAGCCAGUCAAGCACUUGAGUCGCCUCGUGGGUCUGCACGUCGUCAGGCCCUUUGAGGACCACGUUUAUCUUAACCAACGCGAUGUUGUCAAGGCGCGCGUUCUGCUCUCCAACGCGCUCAUUGCGGGUGCGGCGAGCUGGCCGUACGACUGCCAUGCAUCCAUGCCCACGGACAAGGAGCUCCUCUUUCUGCUCAAGCUGCAAUGGCCAGAGGGCGCGAUCGCGUCGGAAGACCAAUUGCUUCGCUGUCUGAGCAAGUACGGCGCCGUCGAGUCCAUCGAGUGUGACCUCGGGAGCCGCAAAGCCAAAGUUUGUUUGCGUCUUCGGUCGUCCAAGCCUUUGCAUCAAACAGUACUCAAGCUCCACUCAAAAGCGCGCAUCUACGUCGUCUGCGCCGCAUUGCAGCACGAGGCAGACGCGGCGCCGGAGGUCAUCUCGCUGCCAACUGCCUGCCUCAAGAUGGACACGACUCCGGGGGAUCGCGCACCAAACGCCACCUCGACCAACGGCGUGCCACCUGUGGAGAUGGUUGACUGCAGUAGCAUGGCUGUUGUUACCUCGAUGGACGCUGCUGUCAACACUAUGCCAAUGGCACACAAUCCCGUCGCCACCCCCGUUGACUCAGUAGCUGUUCAGAUGGACGACAAUAGCGUGGGAACGACCACGACCAGCUGCCAGUGCGACACCGUUGCAAUUGGUGUGGACGAGAGCAGCCAAACAACGGCAGAGACGGACGGCGGUCCCGAUGGCCUGCAGCUCGCGACCAAAUAUGCGCACAUGCAGCACCAGCUAGGCCGGCUACGCGGUGUUCUGGCGGCGACAACGGCUACUGAAUCGCAAGAGCGGUGCUCCGAGCCGCUCGUACCAGUUUUGGAGCAGCUUCAGCAGGAGACCUUGCGCCUUCUUGAUGCCAUCCUCGCCGAUGCACCGUCCGAGGCGUUCGAGACACACAUGGAGAAGCUACACGACAACCACGUCCACGCUAUGACCAAGGUUUUGGAAGCCGAGGUGCGUGCGUCGCAGGAGUUGCUGCGUCUCCAUAAGGCGCAAUACGACGCCCAGGCCAAACACUGGGAAGUCGAGCUGACGACAGCCAAGCUGCUCCGUCUCGAAGCCGAGAAGCUCAAUACGGACCUGCGGCAAGAGCUCCAUUCGACGCGCAGUGAGCUUGCUUGCCACCUGGCGAUGCUCUCGCACCUCCGACGGUGCCUGCAUCUUGUCAUUGGUGUACCGCGCGUCAUCCUCAAGUAG